AGCACGAGGCUGAGGAUGGGGGUCGUCCGGGUGGCGCUAUCAAUGGCCAAUCCCAUUUCAGCCUAUCGCGAGAAAAUUAUAAUUCCGCUGCAUCUCGAGAAUUUGGCGCCCAAGGGGGCGCCUAGUUAGGUUGCCUUUUUCGAUGGACCGGCGUUCCGAUCCUCAGCCUGACACGCCUCACUCUGCCUCCAGAUGUGCAAAGCCUUCCCCAGGUUUGCACCUCGCUAGUCUUAGAAGCGAUACGGCUACGAACUGCUGGGCACAAACCGCUUUGAACUUCAUUAUCGAACAUAAUGGCUACGAUCUUCUCUGUCAAUGGCGAGGACGGAGCAACUUUAGCAAGAAGUAGUGGCAUCCGGCUCGUGCAGGGAGACUCACAAGCUCUAGUCUUGCGGAAUCAGGAGCUAGCAACACGAAACGGACAACCGGGACGUAAUGCUCCACAAGCUCUUCGCGGUGGCCCUGGCGGCACCCUGGCGGUCCAACUUUCCGAGUCGAACCUCUCUCAGGGAGCGAUCCGAGUUGAGCGCGUCGAAUACCGCUCAGCCCAACACCCUCCUCAGAAUGCGGAAGUUCCUGUCGGCAGAGACCUAAAUCUCACCGCUAUCGGCGGUACAGGAGAAUCUGGCCACAACGGUGGAGAUGGUCAGCGAGGACAAGACGGCGUGGAUGGCACUGGUGCCACCAAGGCCUCGGAUGCGACAAAUGGAACCAACGGUGGCCGUGGUGGCGACGCUGGCCGAGGAUCGAGUGGUGGUGACGGAGGACCCGGAGGAGCGAUCCAUAUCAUCGUGCAUGAGAACAACACCCACCUGCUUAUGGCGGUCUCGUGCGAUGUGCGAGGCGGCCAAGGUGGCAUUCCUGGGGAGCAUGGUGAACCAGGGGCUGGCGGGAGCGGGGGUAAAGGAGGUCAAGGUUGGAAAUGGGAUGAAAUCGUUGGGUACACUCCAUACUGCACCGACAGCUGCAUCAAGAGCACCGAUCAUGCUUCGAACUCGACCACACUGGCCAGAAUGGGAACGAACCUCAAUGCAGCGGGCUCGCAUCUCAACGCAAGCAGCAGAGCUCUAAUAGCGCGUACGGGAGCACUUACGGUCUCGGGGAACAACCUACAAAACAUGAUUGCACAAACCGCUAUCAGGUACAACGCAACGAGGCAGCCACGUAGGGGCGAAGGCUACUGCAAGUGUGGGGGAGGAACCGGCAGCUGUGCAGGUUGUGGCGUGAAACCUGUUAUCAAAUGGUUCCAACGCCAGCCGGGACUAGAUGGAAAAGAAGGUGAAAAGGGCACAAGCAUUACCACACCUCUUGCAGCGGGCCAGCAGGGUGAAGGGGGGACAGUCAGUAUUGCAGUAAUCAGCGGCGAUGGUUCUACCCAGGCCUACUCCGCUCCUUGGUCCUUGGAACUUGUCGACUUCGAAGUGGAAGAUGAAAAUGGAGACGGCGUUUUCGAACCCGGCGAACACGUCUUCAUUCGAAGGAUCAAAGUCCGGAACGUCGGCGGCAUGCCCUCACCCACCUGCCGAAUUCCUGUGACACUGGCCAAUGAUUCGGAGUGGUUUGGAUCUGUCCCAGCGCACCAAGGUGGCCUCGCCUACCUCCCGACGAGCGUCCCGGCUGGCGAAAGCGCCUCAACAGAGGGCUCCAUCAAAGUACGCAUCAAGGAGAGGACGCGUGGAAACAGCAAGCCAGCAUCGCUCGCAACGCGUUUUCUGGCGAAGGACACAUUGAACAUCAGAGCAGACAUGCCCUGGCUUGAUAGGCGAAUGCCGUCUUUCGAUUUCACAAAGGAGAUUGAGAUUAGCUAUCCCUGCGGGCUGGGUGGCUUCGAAUUCCUGAGUACAAUUGCGCAAGGUGCCGUCAGCAGAGUUCAGUACAAGGUGCAAAACUUGAGCACUUGUCCGCUGGGUGAGCGCGGCGCUACCGUUCCGGUACGCGCGGUCGAGGUUCGCGCGACCUUUCCCGCCGACUAUGGUCGACUCAUUGGAGAGGAAGAAGAAGAGGAAGGAGUAGAGGUCAUUCGAGCGGUCCCGUGCACUCGACCCAAAGAUUCGCUUUCGCUUCAGCAGCAGUUUCGCAUCUUAUCGUCCGCCCGGAGCCACACGCAUUUCCCAAUAACGUUCGAACUGUACCUUGAGAGCCCCAAUCAGGAUGCAACUAGCGAGACGCUCGAGACAAUAUUAGUCGAGCGGCACACAGUCCGUCUUCAGGUCACGAACACGUAUGUUCAUACACCUAAUGCAAAGGUCCUCUUAAUCACGAACCCGAAAACGACCGAACGACAGUCGCAAGCAAUUCAGCACUUUAUCAGGAACACUCUUCGGAUGGAGAUGGACUUGUGCAAUGCCCACCAGAACGGUGGCCUGCUCCGUAGCGCCGAAGAUGUCUUCGCCGAACCAUACCCCAUCACGGCCCCAUAUCGAGAGAAGACAAUUAUUGUUCUUGACGAUACCUUCGAGUUUUUCGGCACUGGAGACAGAACCGUAAGUCAGCUAUUCGACCCGCGGUGGCUCUCCGAGAUCUCCAGAAGUGGGACUUCAAGCUCAUUUAUCGGUUGCGAUCACGAAAAUGCCUUUGACAUGAUCGUACGAGCGGCGGUCUUGCCACUGCCACUCAAGUUAGAAGAGGCGGUGAAGCAACUCAAGAAAGCGCGUACGUUCUCCUCGCCCCAUGAAUUGGUCGAUUCUAUCAAACAGGAAAAGCAAUUUGGCUCUGCUCGACCGGAACUGUCGGCGAUACCUCUCAAACAACAGAAAUGGUACCGCUUUGGGCGAGAUAAGAGCGACAAACAGGCCAAGGCACUAGCAACGGCUUUGCGCAAUCACCUUCCCAACGAACGCUUUCUCGUUACUUGCAUGGGCCAGAAGCAGCGAGUUCCUAAUCGUAAUUCGACAUCGGCUACAGACACAUCAGACGAGCAAAUGCGUUCCAAUGAUGGCCUUUUAGUCGUGCUUACAGGAUUGGAUCAUCAUCGGCCUGUCUGGUCCACCGAAUCGUCCGUUUCUCUUAUGGCUGUCAGCGACGACAGCCCUAACCGUGCCCGCCUCGAUGACUUUGGCAAGUACAACAUAAUCUCCGCUCUGCCAGUUCAUGAAAGGAUUUCACUGCUCUGGAAGAACCCAUACUCUGGUAACUUUAUCCCCGAAGCAAUGACGCUUUCCGUUGUCCGUGAUCUGUUCCAACAGAUGACUGGCCUCAUGGACUCAGCGUACAAGAGGCUGGUCUGUCUUGACGAGAAUGAUAUCGAAGCCAUCCAAGCAUUUCUCAAGGUCCAUCUACCGUACCUGGGGCAUAUCUUGAACACACCAGAGGCCAAGCAAGCUGUGUCUGCCCCCGAGCCAGUCCUGGAAGUCUUGCGGUGGACACUUGCAUUCACUGCUUCUAUGAAACGCCACAGGAGGCUCGACGGGCUGAUACGAGUGAUAGUCAAGCAUCGACCCAGUACAAGGAAUCUUAAUGUCGUAGCAUUGAGCUUCGACUCCGCGAUGCGCCCGUCUAAUGCACUCAUCCAACGCAUUGCGCAGCUGACGAGAACCCCUGAGAACUACUUCACCAAAGGACAAAGAUCUGCAAGCCAGGUGGUACCACGGACGCGACACUGCACACCUAGAGAGUGGGACUCUUUGGUACGCAGCGCCAGAGAGUGGAGGGAUAGGGUUCAGGACGAUAUGGACUAUGCGCAGAAGGAGCUGGGACGCAUGUUGGUGGACUUUACGCCGCCGGAAGCCGCAGAGUUGUCGACAGGGCAGUGAAGAAAGUAACGCAGAGCUAGCAUAUCAGAUCUGAGAUCUUUACAUACCUUCGCAUCGCUUCCUCAAUACGGAGUCUUCGGUUUAUUCGCAUGAGAGAAUGGUUGUCCGUUCGCAGAGAUGUGGCGCAGCAGAACGAUGAGUUUCCUAAAGCGGCAAGGUGAGCCGCAUUUUUCGUCCGGCCCGUUCAGCGGUUAUCC